GCGAUGGAUGCAAGAAUUUCGAAGGAAAUCGUAUCACUGUUUCGCUCUGAUGCAUUUUUCUACUCUUAUGAACUUGAUAUCACGACUUCUCUGCAACAAAAACACGAGCGAGGCCUAUCAAAAGAUCAACCGCUGUGGAAACAAACUAAUGAAAAAUUUUGGUGGAAUGAAUUUAUGCUUAAGAGUUUUAUAGAACUCGAGUUACAUGCUUGGAUAUUACCUAUAAUGCAAGGCUAUGUGCAAUCGGAACAUUGCGAGAUCGAGGAUCGUGUAUUCGAUUUUAUAAUCAUUUCCCGAAGAAGCCGAGAAAGAGCAGGGUUGAGAUAUCAACGUAGAGGCAUCAAUGAACAAGGGGAUGUGGCGAAUUAUGUUGAAACUGAGCAAAUCUUGUCAAUUACGAUUGAUGGUUCAAAUCAUGAUGUUUCAUUUUUACAAGUCCGUGGCUCAAUUCCAUUAUUUUGGUCACAAUCUCCAUAUAGUCUAAAACCAAAACCAAUUCUUGAAAGAUCAGCAAAAGAAAAUACAGCAGCAUUUUCAAAGCAUUUCGAUAUGUUAUUAAAUACAUAUGGAUAUACUAAUUGUAUAAACUUGGUUGAGUCCAGUGGAAGAGAAGCAAUCGUUGGUGCUGCUUAUCGUGAAACAAUUCAUAAUUCAGGAAAUAAGAAUAUUGAGUAUGUCGAAUUUGAUUUUCAUAAAGAAUGUAGAGGAAUGAAAUAUGAAAACAUUUCCAAAUUGGUGUCUACACUGGCUAAGAAUUUUAAUUCUAUGGGCUAUUUUUGGCAAGCUGGCAAUAAUUAUGUUCAUUGUAAGCAAGUGGGAAUAUUUCGUACGAAUUGUAUGGAUUGUUUGGAUAGGACAAAUGUUGUACAGAGCGCACUAGCAAGAGAAGUUUUAAAUCUACAACUUCUCAGACUUGGUAUUUCAGAAUUUAUAGAUGGCGGUAUAUCACACUAUGAGGAAUUUGAAAAUGUUUUUAACGAUGUUUGGGCAAAUAAUGGUGAUUCUAUAAGUAGGGAAUAUGCUGGAACUAGUGCUCUGAAGGGUGAUUUUACAAGAACUGGUGAGGCAACUUAUUAUGUUAUUUCUAAUCGAAAACGAAAUCUUCAAGGAGUCGUUAACGAUGCAUCGAAUUCAUUAGCUAGAAUGUUUCAAAAUACUUUUAAAGACUUUUUUAGACAGGCAACAAUUGAUUAUCUUCUUGGGCAUCAUUCAUUGGAAGUAUUUCAGGAGUUGCAACAAAAGUUUGAGGCAUCACAACCCGGUGAUGCUGAAAGGUGGGCAAAAGUUAGAGCUAAUGCUAUUGAUAUUAGUAGUUCAAUUGUUAUUGUUGAUAAUGAAGAGAAAGUUAACGGAUGGACUUUCUUGUCACCAAAUGAGCCAAACACACUUAAAUCAUACGAGGAAAAAGUAUUGCUAUUAACCAAGAAAGCAUUGUACGUAUGUACAUUUCAUUAUCGCCUUGAGAAAGUUAUGCAAUUUAAGAGAAUUGGGUUGGGUGAGAUUAUUUGCAUUGAGAAAGGAGAAUAUAUAUUAUCAACGUUAUAUCCUUCAUGCGUUACGCCAGAAGAUAAUUAUGGGUUUGUUAUAUACUACCGAGCAUCAGGUGAAUCAAGUCGAAUAAAUAGCGGUAGCAUGAGAAAUAACAAUAACCCUAGUGAUAUUCAAAAAGCUUCAAUUCCGAUAAAAAAAAUAAAUGAUACUGGAACUGGUAUUAUUCGUACUAAUAGCAAAACACAAAUUGGUUUUAACAAUGACGAUGAAGAUAAAAGGUUUAUUGCGUUUAAAGCAUUCCGAAGUAAUUUAGUUGGUGAAGCAACGAAAUUUGAUGGUGGCGCUGGAGGAGCUAUUUCUAAUAGUUUAAAAAAUAAAGAUGUUAAGGCCAGGAAUAUCGGUGAGGGAACCAAUGAAAAUAGAACAGUCGAAAAGCUGAACGAAAGAGUUACGAGUAUGCAAGUCGUAAAUGAAGUUGUUGAAGAGCUUGUUAAAGCAUGUAGGGAUAUUGGUAACGCUGAAGAUGGAUUUGUC